UCAUAGGUCACAGCGAUAAGAACUGGUAAGGGUCAUUCCUUGACUUGCGUGAACUCAGUUUGCUUUCGCUCAGCUACGAUCACACAUCAUGAGGUUCACAGAUUUUGGUUUUAAACCAGCGAAAGGAAUGGAAAGAACAUUAUUCAUAUUCUUAUUCUUAAGCAGUGGAAAUGUUGCGCAAAGUUUUUUUAACUCUGGGAUGGAAUACGAAUAUUCUUACAAUGCUAUUUCGAGCACUGGUGUAUUAGUGCCAUCCAAUGCUGCUUCCUCGUGGAGUCUCAAUGGGAAGCUCAUAAUUCAGGCGGAAAACGACUAUGUCACAAUACAGUUACAAUCACUGAAGACGAGUAUGUGGAAUGGAAAUGUAAACGAAACAGGUACAGAGAUCGAUAUCUACGACGACGCCUUGGAACUUUUGAAACCCUUUCAAAUAUCAUACAACAAAGGACUCGUCGAGAACUUCAGCACCGAGGCGGAAUCUGUGUGGGCGACGAAUAUAAAACGGAGCAUAGCUGGAAUUUUACAACUGGACCUUGUUAAUUUGGAAAAACAGAUUGCGUUUCAGUCUACCGAAAUUAAUCAUUACGGAAAGUGCGAUAUUGAUUACGUUGUAAGCAGCGAGGGUGAAGAUCAGCGUUUGAUAAGAAAAUCGCUAGAUCCGCGAAUGUGUAUCGGGCAUCCGUGUCGCAAUUGGUCGAAUGUUCCUAAUGUACAGUGUACCGAUGAAGACCAAAAUCCUAUUCUCAAAAGUAGCGAGAGAAUAUAUGCACUGCAAACCGAUGGAACCGAUCACAAUAUCAUGUCCGUCAAUGCAUCCGGAAGUAUUUACGUUCAGCCCUUUCAAGGCAUGGGAGAGGCACACUAUCAUCUUGUUCAGCAGACUAUCGUAUUAAUCUCAAAGAAACGUAUAACGAAAAAGAUCGUUACGAAUAAUUUACGAAAUACAGUUCUUCAACACGAGCUGCCGGAAGAAGAUCUCACGCAAGGUAGAAGCACGCCAGAUAAAGAUUUCGCCUUCAAAUCUAUAAGCCACUUAUUGGAUCGUUUGAGCCACAGGCUCGAGAAUCCCGGUUUGGAUACUGAAAUUCACAAUCUGCACAAUACAACGAUAUCCGUGCUUCUUUAUUAUCUCGGUAUGCUGGAUCGUGUUGAUUUGGACAAAGCCUACAAUCGGAUCUCGGGAACUAGUUACAAAGAGGAAACAGUACGGAAUAUGUUCCUCGAGGCGCUGCCGCAGGUCGGCAGUAAGGAAUCCGCGCUGUUCAUAUUGGAUCUUAUUCAAAAGAACAAAGUAUCCGACAUGUCUGCGAUUCAGCUUCUUAUGCGACUACCGUUUCACAUAAGAAAGCCUGAUGUUCAACUAUUGGUCAGCCUACAGCCGUUCCUCGCGCUGCCGAGCAAGAUCUCCGCCCAAGUGCAAAAUACCGCGAUCCUCACGUACGGGACGUUGAUAUACAAGACCUGCCUGGUGCAUUGUCCGUACGAGAUGCUGGACGAUUACGUGCGUCUGUACCUCGACAAAUUCACAGAGACUACUCAAUAUGGGCAGAAGAUGAUCUGGCUAGAAGGUUUGGCAAACAUACAGCUAGGCAGAGUUGUCGAAUUCUUGGAGCCCAUAGCCAGCGGCAACAAUGCUGAAUCGCGGCACUUUCGGGUGCUCGCGGCUUGGGCUUCUCUUCCCACGGCACCAUUGCGGCCCGACGUUAUUUAUCCUGUAUACUGGCCGAUCUUAAUCAAUAGAACCGAGCAUUUGGAGAUGAGAGCCGCUGCGUUAACUUUGCUCGUUGUUUCGAGUCCUACGCCUAACAGAUUGAUGUCUCUGUAUUGGUACAUGCAAAGUGAGCCCAACCAGCAUCUGUACAAUUACUUUUACACAAUGUUAAAAUCUAUGGAACGCACCACGUACCCUUGUUACAAACGCAUAGGCAGAAUUGCGGCACAAUUCAGCCGCAUACUUCAGAAACCGACGAAUGGCGAAUAUCUUGUUACUGGUAAUUAUUUAAUGGAUUAUCAAGAUUCCUCGAGGAGAUUCGGCGCUAUGUUGAACGGCGUCAUCAUAGCCAAUCCUUCAACAAAUAUUCCGGAAGUGAUUUACGUAACUUUGAAUAAUUACGGUAGCGGUACGCAUAUCAAUCAUGUAUCCUUGUAUGUCAGAGCGGAAGGGAUCUUCCAUUCAUUGGCGACUUCCGCCGAAAACCCGACGAAUAUAAAAGAUAUUCUGAAAGAAUUCAAAUUGAAUGAACGACAAAAGGGACCCGUGCAUUUAGAAGUAAUUGCGCGUAUUCAAGACAAAACAGUGUUGUGCGUUCACUGGAAUGAAACGAAUAUAAUCGAUGGAUUGAAGCACUUGUCUUCUUUAUCGGACAACAUGUAUCAUAUGUAUCACAACAUGGAAUUUCACGUUAAUCAACAACGUAUAAACGUGCCGCUGACCAUAGAAUCGGUGCAAGUGACCGAUUUCGGCACUAACGUUAGACUUGCAAUGACGGGAACGUCGUUGUUCUCAAUGAGAGGAAAUUUCACACGCGAUUUUCCUAGACGAAAUAAUCAUGUUAUUUUACGCACAUCUGUCCACGGUAUUGAAAUAAUAGAGAAUUACAAUCCAUUGCUUGAUUUGUGGCAUGGUGCCGAGAGGGUUCAGUCGCUGCAUGGAUAUCUUCCUAUUAACAUUACAAUCGGACUCGACGAGCAUCCGUUUAUUUCGUACAAUACUCUAGGAGGGCAUCUUAAGACGGGAAUUACAGCACACGCUAAAACGCUUACAAGCGUUAGGGGUGUCAAUGUUAAAUCGAAGUUGGAACGAGCUUGUCGUUUGUGUCCUGCGUCAUACACAGUUACAAAAUCGCCUUCCUCUAAUCCGAAAACUGUGAAUAUUAUUGACGCUGGACUUCCCGAAAUAGGCGGUCGACUGCAAGUAAAGGUAUUUGAUUGCGAAAGCACCGUAUCUCAGGAAACGUUGUUCAACGAUAUUUGGUCCUCUCAUCGAAGCAACUAUCAAACGUGGCCAAGCAUGAAAUUUACUUUAAUCGGACUGCAUUUCUUGGAUUACUUGACUUACUUGCCACCAAAAGGCAGUUGUGGAUUAGCUGCUUAUAUCGAGUCACUCGAAUCGGGACCAUUGCAGACGAAAUUGGAAUAUUUGAAAAACGAGAAACAUCACAUUUUCUCCUUUACACACUACAACUUGGAAUCUUCGAAAGUUCUUCAUCAGUGGAACCUGGCUGCGUUAUAUGAAAGUACCAGUUCGUUGUCGGAUGUCCUUAAAAUUAAGGCGACCGAAAUCGUGCCUGAUGAACGCGUAUUCAAGUUUUGCGUAGAGGCCGAAAGACACGUACCGUGGCAAUGGGAAUUUUUGAGCGACAAACCGAGCGAUUCGUCUCGCAUAAAAUUAAAUAUUGUCUGGGGAUCGUCCGACACCGCGAAAGGAAAAUGCAACGGAUCUUCCGUAUCGAUAAAUUUAAUUGGCGAAAUUAGCAACGAGCAGUUCGAGGAAAGCAAGAAAACAAAUUGGCCUUACGGUCAGUGCAAGAAAGAAUCUACGGGGAAGAAAUUUGUGCCUUACACAGAUGCUUGUUACGAAGUAUCGAGAGAAUUGUCGACCUUGCGGAGAUACAAAAUCUUCGCAGAAUACAAAAAUUUACCGGAGAACUUAUCCAAGUUAGUCUGGAAAAUGUAUGCCUUAUACGACCUGAUCGGUGGAAAUAGCAGUAACGCUAGAAAAUCUGACGAGCCCGUAAUAAUCGCAACUUUCCCGAAAGAAUCGAACGUUGGCGAACUGCAACUCAAUGGAGACAAAAUUGCCAUUGAGUACAAUUGGCGUUACAUUGAUAUCUUCCUAGAACGAACGAGAAUUCACAAGUAUAUGGAAAUACCUUUAGUUAGAAUGUUUUCUAGCACGUGCAUCAUAACGAAAAAUUCCAUAAAAUCAGCAUACAACACGGUUUACACUUUCGCUAAGAAUAGUGAAGUAAUAUUACUCGGACAAUGCUACGACGAGAACCCUAGACUUGCGUUAACGGCAGCGAACGGUGCAUAUGGAAUCAAUAUAAACUUGACUGACGAAUCAGGAACUACGUGGAUUACAGCCGGUGAAGAUAAAGGAACCUUGUAUAAUGCUACGUCAAAUAUACAGUUGCAAUCUAAUCAUGUAUUUUAUACACUGGGAACUAAAAAGAUCAAAACGGGCGACAAUGCGAUCGACAUCUUGCUACCCAACAUUUUUCUACAUAUGCAUUGGACGCAAGAGCAAGUUCUACUCUUUUUCCCUAACCACGUGUUAGAAUUUAGUUGUGGAAUAUGUACGCUUGACCAUCCCAACAUCGAUAGAUUAUACGAAAAAGUCUAAUUCAAUAUGUAAAAAAUAUAUGUAUAUAUGCGACAAGUCAACGAUUCUUACGAUAUUUGAUAUACUCAUAGAUAAUUAGAUAUUAAAAUAUCACAAAAUAAUAUGAUAGUGUUAUUCAUUACUUUUUAAUAUCUGAUAAACGGUAUAAUACAAAAAAUUGUAUUAUUGUAAAUUGUAUAAUCUAAUUGUAUUAUUAGAGCUCGAAUCUUCGGCCGUCGGAACCAAUUAGUCAAUCAAUAUUCGAAAUUUUAUCGCACAAAGUCAGUUUGUUAUUGUUAAUGAACUAAUUAUUAAUGAACAAUUGCUAGAUAGUACAAGCCGAACAUCCGAGCCGCGGACACAAUUAUAUUACAUUUUUUUUCUGUUGUAAACUACAAAUUUUAAACAGGUAAUAAGCAGAUCUAAUGCAUUAAACUAAAUGACUGAAUGAUUAAAGCUCUAGAUUUUAAUUACUAGCCUUAAAUGCGUUUGUUUACUAUUUAUUAUAAAAUAAAUCUUAAAAAUAUUAGAUAACGAAUUUUAGAUAAAUGAUAAAACUUAUUUAUUAACCAGUCUUAACUGUUACAGAACUUAUACUAUGCUAAAUUAUAUACGCACGCACGUUACAUUAAAUACACGGUACAUAAACUACGAUGAUUCUUACACAAUUUCGAUAAAUUAUUUCGUGGUUAUACUUUCUUUCAUAACACAAUUAAUUAAAAAUUAUAGAUAUAAGUUUUAUUGUGAUGUACUUUAAAAUCUCAUAUAUUUUCGAUAAAAAAAAAAAAAAA